AUCACGUUCAGCACCAGGUACAACUAUAUUUUCGUGAGUUACUUUGUUUUCAUAGUCGAGUGCUGGUAGCUUGACUUGCACGUCUGGCGAACGCAAAUUUCGUCCCAAAACGAGCUUGUGCGAGCGAAAUGGAGAGUUAAUUCUAUUCUAGACAUAUUUAAAAGAUAGUUUCACUUAAUCUUCUCGGUUUAGCUAGUAAAAUAACAAUGUUCUUCUCGAUCAUAGCCUAAUGCAUUGUCAUUCUCCGGCUCUGAAGCUUUGAUUCAUUCUUCUUGGUUAAAUCGAGUACUUCAUGCCCUCACAAUUAAACUUCAAAACCACUAUUUAAGAAAAUUGAAUGAGUGUUAUUCACGUUCGCAGGACGUUCUUAGAAACCUGUGAAUGAGAGCCUAACGAUGAGCAUAAACGAGUGAAACACAAGCUGGGAAGACGGUGCUAUUACGAGGUAGGGAACUUAACUUAAGUGAAUAAAUUUUGAUUCAAACACGUGCAUAUAUAGCGGCCGUGUACAUGUAGUUAGUAACUUUAAUCUGUUUUAAUAUGUAAUGUUGAAAGUCUUAACUAACUGCUGCUUAAAUUACAGGCAAAACAGCGCUUGCAAACUUGUUUUGGGUAUCCUAAAAAUAUGAAUAGAGGCAAUUCUUUAGUUCUGCUCUAGACCAUGCAAGUUUUGAAGAGAUCCAUGUAAACUUUGACGUUUGUGUGCUGCUGCUCGUACUCGUCUUUGAAACGGAACGGACAGAACGAUUAAAAAGUAACGCGGGAAUCACUCAUCGAGUAUUUGAUGAUGAGCUUUAGCAGCAAAUGGUUGAUUAGCUACUUUUAUUGUUUGAAAACGUAUGAAAGUCUAUUCGCCGCUUGUUUGGGGUAUGACGCUAAGACUACCAACUUUUUUAAAAAAUUAAAAUGCUUUGCCAACUAUUGAAGCAACACAAUUUGCUGAUUAAAUACAAACGGAGUUAAGCGUAGCGACUAGUACAGGGAAAGUUUUCUUACUAUUUCUUAUUUGGUAAUUUAAACCGCACAAAUAACCUAGAAUCGCGCUCCUUUCAAGCUUAACAAAGUGCGCUCCUAAAAUACUGUUUCACCCCAUAAUAAUAUUACAGUAGUCACAUGACUAGUGACGGGAAUUAUUUAUUGAUGUGACACAGUAGAUUACUGUCAAUCAUACUCUUACUCCAUUUCCUUAAUGUCAGCUAUAAAUAAACUGACAUAUGGCCCACCAUCUCAGAUAAAAAAACAAAUGUAUGUAGGUGUGGGGGGGGGGGGGGGGGCACUGGGAGACAACAGGGAGGUUGGGGUGCACUGUGGUUGGGGUCUGGGCUGUUUUGCUAACUGCUUGAGACAGACGUGGUAGAUUACCUUCUUUCAGAGAGUGAGAAAUUAAAACAAAGCUGGAGUGCUGCAAGCAAAAAGAGCGUAUGCCUCAAUAAGUCUAUCUCCUGCCCAUGGGGAUAAUAUGGCUGAAUCCUCCAUUAAGCAAAAUUCAUUCGCCACUAAGCAAACCUCGGAAGCAGAUGGGAGAAGAAAAGGAAACUAUCAUAUUUCUAGCAAGAGCCCUCUUUUGACGUAAACGUUCUUUAUUUUACUUUUGCUGGAAUGAUUUGCUCAUAACACUUUUAUCACGGUCAAACGAAAACGGCCGCGCCGUAGGCUUGCCUUAACGUUGCUGUGUUGUUUACCAGUAUUGUGAGGAAACCUGUUGAUACACGGUUUGUGUGGUGGGUAAAAAGGAAAAUUUGCAAAUCGGAAAUCAUCAACAGUGAUGUGUCCCCAGUGGAUUUGUUACCUUUGCGUCCUGCGUCCCUGACGCAUAAAAAUCCCCGAAGACGCCAAAUAACUCAUGGAAAUGCGUUCAGUAGGACGCAAAGAUCGGUCGAUCGAUCUGAAGAUGUGUCUUUGUAGAAUGCUGUUCGUGUGAUUUCUGUGGCAGUUAUUACGGCUGUUAUUUAACGAACAAUAUUUAUUUUAGCCUUUGUUAUGCUUUAAAAUAGAAGAACUAUAUUUUGAUUUCAGAAUACUGUCAUAUAGAGUUUUGGAGUCUGUUUUCAGAUUAACUGUCUGGUUACAUACAAGCCCAAGCAUUUUCAUUUGAUUUUCAAGUGAGGACCCGUUGCCUUUUGAACUGGGACUCAUUGGUUCUAGACUGGGACAAAAAAAAAAGAUUAGUCCCAGGACUCACCACAACUAUUUGUAACAAAAUCACUUGUGUUCCAUGUAAACACAUCCCUGUAAUGUAGGUACAGAUAGGCCUGUUCGGAUUGUGCUUGGCAACUUUUGGCGUUUGGGGCAACUUUUUGCGGUUCUAUCAACCUCGAGAAAUUUUUUGUCUUUCUGGGCAAUUUUUUAGCAAAAUAUAAACACGAAGCACGAAAAAAGUCAGCGAUUUCAUAGAAAACUUCAAUUCAUCAGAAUUUCGUAAAGGUCAAGAGAGGAUUUUCCUCUGUGGGAAAUGUUUAGCAACCUUUUGAACACGCAAUCUCUCACUACGUUUCGCAGGCCUUAAAGGGCAACUACUACCGUAUGAAUAAUUAGUUAAUAUCCUUAAAUUUUCACCCAUCUUUAAAGCUAAGUUUCACUUUUUGGCAUUCUAGUAAGCAACUUUCCAGCAUUUUACGAGCACAAUCGGGGCAGGAAUAGGUACAGAGGCAACGGAACAACCCUCCCUACUAGGAAAAAAUGCAUGGGGCCUGGAACUAGAAACAAUGGAAUAGGCUCAUCAUGCAUCAUACAACGGAAACAUCCCCCCACGCAAAAACCAAUAUAAAUAUUGUGUCCUCCCGGAAAUCGAUAUCCUUCAGCAAUUGUCAAUCUUUCUUCGUGACUUUUUUCCGCCUAACACUCCAAAUCAUGACCAACGAUCUCUCUGCCAUUUUAGUAAAAUUUCAAACAUUAAAUGUGCCAGAAAUUUGCUUCCCUAAGAUAAGGACUUUAAGAUAAGAACUUUAUUUUAGCACGAUAAAAAGAUCAGCAUUGCUGGUGGGGUCGUGCAUACAACAAUUAUAAAAAAAAAAAUGAAAUAAAAUAAGGAGUGCUGAAAUAUAAUGUACGAUUAAAAAUUAAAAACUGUUAAAAAUGCUAAAAUAGGUCGUGAAAAUGUACAAUUAAAAAUUAAAACUGUUAAUAGUAUUCGUAACCGAUAUCUCUAUUUUUAGUAGUAGCUAAGAUUGGUUCGAAGUUCAUUUUAUCGGUGUCAAAUUUUCCUCAAGUCAGUUUGCGUUCUCCCAAUGUAUUUAUGACGUGGUUCCUCUUCUGCCCACGCACAAGAGAACUCCAAAGGCUGCAUGAAUAAAUACGGGAGUGAAUUAUCUUGGGUUAAAGGUCACAGCUGAGAAACUGGAUGUAUAGACAGGGGUAUAAAUUUCGUCUUGAAAGUUAAUACGCUCAAUUAAGGACACGGACAACUGGCGCGUCUCGUAAGUGAAACGUAUUUUUUUAAAGAAUGUUUGCGACCAUUUUUUUUAUCAUUCUUUUAAUAGAAAACAUGAAAAGGUUAUUGUAUAGUGCAAUUAAAAUUUGUUGCGAGUUUUUACAUCUUUGUUCUAUUCACGUUAGCAGUUAAUAGCGAAUCGAUGCAUCCGGUGCAUUGAGAUAUAUACUGGGAAGAAUUUCAAAUACUGCCGCCCUAUCACAAACUUCCUUGUCUGGAAGCGGCUGUCCGCCUUUUCUCGCAACAUCCGUUGAGUUCUCAUCCCACCCCAGCCAGCGCGAUCGCAAAAAACGCUGUUACAAAAAAGGAACGGGGACGAGACGAGAAAGGACUGGCCAAACACGUUAUUUUCUUUGUUUGGCAAUUCUAAAAUUCGUCAUGCGCUUUCACAUUUGCCAAAAUUGAUAAAUGAGUGAAUUAAUAAUUAUCAAACAGCCUGAUAAGCAAUCGUGAAUAAACAAUUGUUUCAACACAGAGAAGAUAAAGAACCCAGCUCAUAUGCUCUAUCUAAGUCAAGGAGGGGGGUAACAACAGCUUCGUGUGCAAUACUUGGUUAAGUCAUCAUUUGCUGUAAAUGGCCAAAACAUAAUUACACAAUGUGUAGGGUUAAUGUAUACCCUCUUAGCAAAUUCUGCAGACUACAAAUUGUAUUUAAAUGUUCCAAAGCCAGUUAAAUGCAACUUUUGAAUAACAUUUUGCAUUAAUUAAAGGCUGCAACAAGUGUAAUGCAAUGCACCACGCUUAAGUUGUUUUUGUGUUUCUAAGUAACUGAUCAUAAACCGUGUAAAGUACAAUUGUAAUUAUAAUUAGUAUUCAAAGACUCCUUUUUCCUUUGCGUUUCUUUCGAUUACCAUAAGUUUAUGCCGAACGUAUUACAUUGUCUCUGAAGUCUUGUUUUAAAUUUAAACCAAGCUCCAGAGAAAUCUUAAAGAGCAGAACAAAUUCUUUAUCACGCGAUAUUCUUCUUCUAUUACACAAGCCAGUCAUGGAACCAUGACAUUUACGUCAGUGUAUUUCGUUGUAUUAUAUUAGUACUUGAGAAGUUCAUGCUUUGUAUGAUAGGCUAUGAAUAUCCCAGUCCAACUAUUUGUCUAACAGGUUAAAUUUCUUAAACUUCAAUAGUGGUUGAGACGCAUGGACCGUAAUCAUCGAAUGCUUCUUCGCGCUUCGCUUGAAAGAAUCGUAUUUUAGGUUGCUAAGGACUGGGAACGUCACUAAUAUUAAAAUUCAUUCAUUCAUUCAUUUUAAUUGGUUAAUCCAAAUUUACAAUUAUAUUUUCUCACUACCUACAAGCAGCUAAAACUAGUCUAGGUGGACAGUGUCUGUACAAAAAAAAAAAAAAGAAAACUAGUCUAGGUGGACAAAAGUAAUUUAUAUGUCUUAAAAUUCCGAAAAUAAGCCCCUCCAUGUAUAAGCCCCUCCAAAUAUAAGCCCCCAAAAAAAAAAAAAAAGUUAAAAGACGCUUGGAAAAUUGCCCCAAAUACAAAUAAAACAAAUAUUAAAUUUGCAAUCGAUUUGAACAAAAGUAAUUUAUAUAAAGGGCCCUUGAAAAAUAUAAGCCCCGGGGCUUAUUUUCGGAAUUUUACGGUAUACGGUCCUAUCUCCGGGACAACAUACACAUUACCUUAAUCCAAGAGAUAAUGAGCUCAUUCUCUCUUGCUUAAUCUUAACUGCUAGUCAGCUGUGACUAUAUAGAGGGGGAUCCCGCCACCCAACGUCAUUGUAAACAACUUUUUUCCGCCUGUGAGAAAAGUGGUGUGUUUCGCAAAGUACCUUAGGCGAAUGUUGGCGUUAGGUGUAUAUCAAGCAGUCAUUUGACUGAAUAUAGGCCAAAAAGGCAAGCUUCUUGCCUCCGACAAGCCCAAAAACAGAUCACAGAAGGAAACUAAGAGAAAAGUAGAGAGAACAAGGAUAAAGAAAGGAAAGGGAGAGCAAUGGUCGCACUCUUAGCUUUUAAAUUGGCGACAGAAGAGGUCUAGUUUGGCCGUAUAGAAAAUCUGGGAGGGGGAUAGUCUGUUUUCAGUAUGGAAAAUCUUGACAACCUAGACGUUUAAACUGUGGUGAUAUUAGUAUUCGCCGAACGCAUAUUAGUUUUGUGAAGUUUGUGACAGUCAUAACAAUAAACGCCUCUCUCUAUUAAACGCCCCUGCUUGGGAUCCCAAAAUGAAAUAGACGCCCCGAGCGUCUAUUUGAUCAUUUACAGAAAUCUCCUGUCCUAUCCUUCAGAAAGCGUUACCAUGGCAAGUGAUACAAGCGGCGCGCCUGUAAACGGUCACGGAAAAGACGAAGAAUCGAGUUCGAUAUUGCCUGGACCAGACAGCCAGGUCCCCGCCAUAGACGACAGUGUUAUUGCGGAUGAUGAUGAAGGGCUUCCUUUUAUUUCCGCUGUGUAUUCGCUGGCGCCGGAUGACAAGACAAACGAGUCUGCAAAAUCAGGUUGGUUCAUCAGUUUCACAGGAUCGUAAGGGAGAAAUUCCUUACUCCUUGUUUUAAUUCAAGUUUCGCAUAAGCCUGCGAAGAAGGGAGUAAUCUUUAUAUUGAGAAAAUAGUCACUCGCUAGUUCUGCUACUAAAUUGAAGUAAAUCAAAGUAGAUAAAUGAAUUAAUAAAUAAAAAAAACACAACAAGCAAAAGACAAAGGAUAACAUCAAAACAUUGAUCAGCAAAAGAUCCUGAAAACGUUUGAGGAGUGAAUGUUUUCCUCAUGGCGAAUCCAUUUUAUGAUGAAAUGCCUUCUUGGGGAGUAUGUACCGCAUACUUUUUUUUCUAUUUAUACGUUUUUGUUUUUGUUUUAAUUUUCUAUAUAUAUAUAUAAAUUGGGCGGCUUUUCUGGCAUGAAAUUGUGCUAUUCAGGUCGAUCCAGAUGACUGAUAAAGGAUUCUCAAAGUUGUCAUUUUCGGCGACCGAGCUUUCAUAAGCCCUAUUUACACAGACCAUUUUGUCGCACAUCAAAAGCCGCGUUAGGCGCGAUUUCAAAUCGCAUGUGCAAACCAUUGUCGAUGUUGUGGCGAUUAAAAUUAUCUUUAUUUGUCUGACGGUAUGAUCAAAGUAAAUUUCGUCUUCACUGGGCGCACUUAUCGUGGCUUUUACGAUUCAAACUUGACCUUUUAAAUAAACAUUCAUACUUAGACCAUUCAUUGAUAAGCAGUUCUUCUCCGUUACUCCACAAGGCUCCUUUUAUCAUCUUCGAAGUAGGGAUAUUGCCAUUUAUAUAAAUUUUAACACUUACGAUGGGUAACAACUUACAAUGAGUAACAUUGACAACUUUCUCCUAAACGAGGAAUGCAUGAUGUUUCGUGCGUAAACGGCCGCAUAAUUGCAACGAUUGCUUGCGACAAACGUGGUAAGCUGCGCAGAGCAUUUACACUUAAGACAUUGCUCUUUUAAACAGGCCCUUAUGCUCGCCGUUUGUCUUCGAGUAAGCGCUGUCAUUCUUAUAAGCCCCGCUCCCACCGCCCCGGUUAAGACCCAACCCCCUCGGUGAGAAGCGGAAAAUAAGUCCCCCCCCUCGAAUAACAUCCCUUUCCUCGGUCCUUAAGUUCCACCGUAUUAUGAUUGAUAACCAAAUCAUCGAUUCUGUUAAAAGUGCCAAUAUAAUUGUAGGCUUACAUGUUGCCGAUAAUCAACGGCCUUCAGAGGGUAAAGGGAAUGAGACUGCAGAUAUAAUGGAAGUUAAGUCUGUCGUAUAUUUUAAAUUUUCAAUCUAUGAUAUUUGCAUUGCAGACGCUCAAAACGUUGGCACUUUGAACUCUAGAUCAACGACAGGAACAAUAACGCAGAUGGUUGAUUUAGGAAAGACGGUUUUUCUUCAUUCAUGUUCUGUUGCCAAUAGUGGUACUUUGUCAAACAAUGAUCCAGUUUCUGUAAAUGUUUCCCGAGGAAUUCAAUCUACCAUAGGUCAGAGCAAGGAAGGUCUGACAACUCACAAUUUCGGUACCAGCACUGUAAUAAAUAGAACACAAAAUGAGGGUGCAUGCGCGUCGGUAGGAAAAAUCACUUUGGAAUCACAAGAACGAAAGACAAGUCCACUGACGACUGAAGCUAUUUCACGGACAGCAUCAACAGUGCCAAGUACAGCGCCGAAUCUGCAAUCAGCAGGGAAUAUGUCGAAUCUAGUUAGGCUGGUCAACAGCGUGAGCAACGCCGAUGCACCUAAAACCACUUCUUUAUUGACAUCUACCAAGGUCGCUAGUGGCGUUUCAUUGCCACCACCGGCAAUGCAAGUGCUUGCCUCACCCACUGCCCCUGCUCCGGCUGCCGCGCCAGUAACACACUUGCCGAGAAAAAUUGCGAUGAAGCAGCCUCCUUCGACUGUCGCUAACAAACUGACAUCUAUUGUUUUGAACCUUAAACCAGGCGAGGCUCUUCCGAAGGCGUUAAAUUUACUGGGCCCGGACGGGAAAUCAGUGGUAGUUUUAACUCUACCCGAGGGUGGUAAACAACUUGUAUCCCCGGUUGCGGGCGGGAAGGUCUUGAUUCCAAUUCCAGCUAACGUAGUUACCCCUAUUUCUGCACCCCCUAAAGCUGCUAUUGUUAAUAAGGUGUACCCCAUUGCGCCUCCCCCUGCCAAAACAACUGUUUCAUCACCGCAGACAAGUGUCACCCCACGGCUGCUUUCUGUCUCAGGUUCUUCACUAAAACCACCCGCGCCCAGCACUGUGCUAAGUUCAGUAGCAUCAAGUUCCGCGAGCGUUUCGAGCCUUUCUCAGACGCGUUUGUCUGUUGUAAGUGCGGGUGCUUCUGGCAGCGUAUUAGGAAGCAGUGUUAGAACAUCGCCAGCUACUGUAACAACGCCGACAAAUUUAAGGCCGCUGGAGCCAAAACUGCCACCUUCAACGGCUGAACAGUCGACUGGCCUUUCACCUCAAGACGCGAAAAUUCAAAGGCUUAAGGAGCUUAUUAAACGGCAGGAAGAAGCCGUAAACAAACUUCGCGAAAAACGGCGCCUUGAAAUUGAUCGAAUCAGGGAUCCUUCGUUAACGUCCAAACAGCAUGAUGAUUCAGGGACGGAGGAUUCACUGAAAAGCGAAAGGGUUCCUUUAGCUGAACAAAAGAGACCUUCGAGUCCCUUUGCGGUUCCUCUUCCACCAAAGAAGCGGAUGAAGGAUUACGAUUCGAGCUUCAAGUCAAAAGCUUCCAAUUCGUCAGAUACUUCGGCAACACCUGACGGUGCAUUUAUUCCGAACGCCGAUGACAAAUCUUUUGUGCAAUUGGUUGGGUUAGAGAACGUUGUAAAUAGCAUUAAAUAACAGUAAAAGUGGGUUAAUACUUACAGCUUUAAAAAGGACUUAUUCACUUUGCUUUUACUUCUAAAGAGCCAUAACAAUCUUCAAGAGAGCAUGUUUGCGAAUUGCUAAUUUAUUUUUACUUGUUUUGAUAUCUGGUUUUUCGGCUUCAAUUUAGUUUGUAAAUCAGAAAGCAAAGUGUACGUAGAAGAACGUGUUGAAGAGUGAAGUACACAGUUUGUGAUAGGACCGUUAUAAACAGAACACGCGGAC